CGGCCAGCCGGCCUCGUUGUAGAGCUGGGCAGUUUUUCUCCCUCCCAAACCUCGACCGAGAUCAGUCUGCCGGCCACCUCAUGGAGGAGGAAGCAACAUCCCAGCGCCGCGCGCAGCAGCCAGCAUGCAAGAAUGACAGCACCAAGCAGCUCCCUAGCAGCGCCGGCGCUAAACCGCUCCACCACAACCCCCUCCUCGUCGUCAACUUCAUCCUCAUGGCCGUCGGUUCGGCGUGCGGCCCGCUCCUCCUCCGCGCCUACUUCCUCCACGGCGGGACCCGCAAGUGGCUCUCCAGCCUGCUCACGACUGCCGGUUGGCCGCUCCUGCUCGCGCCGCUCAGCGUCUCCAUUCUCUCCCGCCGCCGGCACAACAGAUACGGCGACACGGCCACGCGGCUCUUCCUCAUGUCGCCCCGCCUCCUGGUAGCGACCGUCGCCGUCGGCCUCAUGACCGGCCUCGACGACUUCCUCUACGCCUACGGGCUGGCAUACCUCCCGGUGUCCACCUCCUCCAUCCUCGUCUCCACGCAGCUGGCCUUCACGGCCGCCUUCGCGCUGCUGCUCGUGCGCCAGCGGUUCACGGCCUUCUCCGUGAACGCCGUUGUUCUGAUCAGCGUCGGCGCCGCCAUGCUGGGGAUGAACGCCGGAGGGGACCGCCCCGCGGGGGUGACCCGGGUGCAGUACUACGCCGGGUUCGGCAUGACGCUGGGCGCCGCAGCGCUGUACGGCCUCGUGCUGCCCGUCGUGGAGCUCAGCCAGGCGAGGCACGCAGCUCGCGCAGGUGCGGCCGUCACGUACACUCUUGUCAUGGAGAUGCAGAUCGUGAUCGGCUUCACCGCCACGGCCUUCAGCGCCGUCGGGAUGCUUGUGAACAACGAUUUCCAGGCAAUCCCACGAGAAGCCCAAGAGUUCGAGCUCGGCCAGACUGUCUAUUACCUACUGCUCGCCGGCUCAGUCACAUCGUACCAGUUCUUCUUACUCGGUAUCAUCGGCACCAUCUUCUACGGCUCAGCGUUGCUCGCCGGCAUCAUCACGACCGUGCUCAUCCCUGUAACCGAAGUGCUCGCCAUCCUGUUCUUCCACGAGCCAUUCGAUGUCACUAAGGGUGUUGCGCUCGCGCUUUCCCUCUGGGGCUUCGUCUCCUACUUAUACGGAGAGGUCCGGGCCAAGGCACAGAGCUCUGACAAACCUCCGAACACGGAGCAUUUGGACCCUUAGACGAUUUACACUUGUAUUAAGUAUAUGAUGUACACUUUCCUUGUCAUUUAGUUUUCACACUCGAGAAAAUAAGUAGCCAGUAAAUCUCAUGUUCUAUGA